CAUGGCAGAAGCCUGCCCUGGGCUUCCUCCAAGCCUCCGCCCUUCCCUCCCUUUGUCAUCCUGUGCCCUCCUCUUCCUUCUGCCCCAUCCCUCAGGGGAAUAUGGGAGCAGUGGUGGUGGGAAGGAAGCGGACUUGGCAUGCGGAGGCAGGGGCCUUGGGUAGGUCAGGGGCAAGGGGGCCCCAGCUGCAGCCCAUGGACGGGAAGCCAGGCUCCACCUGCCAGGCUCAUCCCACGCCCCCUCGUGCCAGGCUGCGCGUGGGCCCGUUUGCAUCACUGCAUACCGCUCAUUCCACAGCCUGCCCAGCCAUGGAGGGAAGAGGCACGGAGGAGUCUGGUGUCUGAUGCGGGAAUGGAGGGCUGGGCAGUUACGGGGGAGCAGUUGCACCAGAGCAGGUGUUCAGCCCGCCUUGGAGUGGGGUGCAGAGGCUUCUAAUCACCAUCAUAAGGAGCUGGCUGGCUAACAGUCUGGCACUGAGCUGGUGAGAUUAGUACAGGAUCAUGACCUGCGCCAGUGAUCCACACCCCCCACCAGACCCUUGGCAUCGAGCUGCCAAAUGCUUCUGACCUGCUGGGAAGCACAGUGACCCAGGAAGGAGGGAGACUGAAACCUGGAGCCGGACUGGAGCUGGAGCGGAGCUGGAGGAAGGGGCAGACAGAGGCUGAUGGACUUGUACCCUUUCCUCUUUCCCUCCCUACCUCAACACUCAUCUUUGGCCAGAGGCACUUAAAAUUCCCCAGGGGAUCCCUCAGCUCUUCCUUGCCCGUCUGGGGCCCCAGGCCCUUGGGGCUUGCAUCCCAGGAUGUCGAUAGCUGUGGAGACCUUUGGCUUCUUUGUGGCAGCCCUGGGGCUACUGAUGCUGGGGGUGACCCUGCCGAACAGCUACUGGAGAGUGUCCACCGUUCACGGGAAUGUCAUCACCACCAACACCAUCUACGAGAACCUCUGGUAUAGCUGUGCCACUGACUCCCUGGGUGUCUCCAACUGCUGGGAGUUCCCGUCCAUGCUGGCCCUCUCUGGGUAUGUCCAGGGCUGCCGUGCGCUCAUGAUCACCGCCAUCCUUCUGGGCUUCCUGGGCCUCUUCCUGGGCAUGCUGGGGCUGCGCUGCAUCACAGUUGGGAGCACGGUGCUCUCCGUGAAGGUCAAGCUGGCGGCCACCGGAGGGAUCCUACACAUACUAGCGGGGGCCUGUGGGAUGGUGGCCAUCACCUGGUAUGCAGUCAACAUCACCCAGGACUUCUUCAACCCUCUGUAUGCUGGGACCAAAUAUGAGCUAGGCCCUGCCCUCUACUUGGGCUGGAGCGCCUCCCUGCUGUCCAUCCUGGGUGGCAUCUGCCUCUGCUCCAACUGCUGCUGUGCCUCCAAAGAGGACCAUGUCACCAGGGCCCAGCUUCCUUAUAAGGCGUCCACGAUUCAGAGGCCCUCUCCAGCCUCACAGGAAGAUGGCGACAUCAGCUUUGGAAAGUAUGGCAAAAAUGCCUAUGUGCCCCGGAUGGCUCUUGAAAACUCACCUAGGCUUCCGGGGCUGAGGGGAUGGAGGUGGCUUCCAGCGUUUGCAUUCUGUAUAAGUAUAUGCACGAAUAAAUGUACAUUGAGAUUCCUCAAAGUGUGAGGCUGUCAGUAAGUGCCCAGCCUAGCAAGAGGUGAGAGCUCAUACCAGGAGACAAGUCAGGCUGUCUCCUUCAGCAAAACACAAGCAUUGCAAGUGAUUUCAAGAGGAUGACAGUAAUUUGCCACCAGGGGACAGAUAUGGGAAGCGCCGCACCCCCUUGCUCUGUACCUCUCUUCUCCCGGCUGCAGCUGGGGAUCUGGUCUAGAACAGUUUCCUUACUAGCCCCAGUGUGGAUGUCAGGGAUGGGCAUUCUCUUUGGAGCUCUGCUCCAGAUCAGCUGGCUCAGUGCAAACGUGUUUCUUUGGUUAGUAACUUCCAAAAAAUGCUCUAAAGAUCUGUGCACGGCAAGGCUUGGUGGCGUCCAGCUCACACCAGGUUCGCUGGUACCCAACUCGAGAGGAAAAUGAGAUCUGGACAGAAGCCUGGCAUCCAUGGGACAAGAGGGGAGCAAGGCCCGAGGCAUGUGUCCUCUGAGCACUGACUAGUGACCAGCCAGCCAAUCGGGGAGCAGCAGCCCCCUCUCUUCUCUAGGCUAUACCAACUCCUCUUCCUUUCAGGAAACUAACCCGAGCAGAGACCUACAACUGAGCACUUGGGCAUGUCCUUAAUCUGGCUAUUAUGUUAAGCAAGCUGGACAAGUGGACAGUCUCUUGGUUGCCAUAAUCAGGGAGGUGGCUAUACCAGAGGCAAAGAGGUAAAAGGACCACCCUGGUAAGGGCCAGGAUUUCUCCAAAGCUGAAAACAAAACUGCUUCACUUCCCAGAAUUCCUAGCUCUCCUAAUUCAAAUAAAUGCAACUUUAGGAAUCCCCAUCUCCAGCCUUCCAGACCCUGGCACCAACCUCUUUCCUCAUUCCUAGGAUGGUGGUGCUUACCUUAUCCUGAUACAAGGUGUAGCUUCCAGAAGCUUUUGGCAAGGUACAUAUUUCCUAAAGACUAAGUAUUGUCAAAAGACAAGAAGUCUCCCCUGGCACAAAGCAAGCUGGCAAAACUGCUCAGGCUUUCUGCGGGUGGGGAGGCAGUUUCUACUUUAUGGGGGGGGGCACCCAUGCUUCCUCCACAGUCUGGCUCUGUCCUCUCAAGGUCAUUUGGGAAUUUAGGGAUUUCCCACCAUGUAGAACGGGUAUGACUGAGACAAGACCAGGGAAGGCAGAAUGAACCAGAGGAGACUGCUGACAUGCUAUGAAUCAGGCAGCAUUUCUCAAGAAAGACUUUCUUGGGGCCACG